AGAGAGAGAGAGAUGUCCGACUCUCUCACUCCACUCCACACGUUACGCGUCUCUCUCCGUUCUCCUCGGCAGACGGAGCAGACCUCCGUGAAGGCACCGUGGAUUUGAAUCCUUUUUCCACCGCACUCAACUGGGAACCCACCGCUGCGUCGUGCAAGGAGUGAUGGAGACUCUGCCGUCAUAGUUUCUGGAACUUAUUUUCUUCUUCAAUAGAGAGGAAAUUAACUAUCUUGCACAUCUGUUUGGAAUUCACAUUUUCUUUUUGGGGAGCCCUAGCCCAACCUGUGUGGGUUAAUUUUUGAGGAGACGAGAGGUUCUUUUUCCUCCUCUUCAUCCGCCUAACCCAACAUCCUGUGGCUCCCGUUGCACAUUUUUUUAUUUUAUUUUAAAGUGGCAAUUAGAUCCCAUAGAGAAUUUUCAACAUUGCGGAAUUUGAGGUUGGGGGUCCCUGCUAUUCAUUGGGGCUCAUCGGGACUGGAUCGGGACACCAUGGAACUGUUUUUUUUAGGAUGUUAUGGAGAUGUUAGCGAGGUGCUGAGGAGGACAGGAGGACUCAACCUGCUGUUGAUCUGCUGCUGUCUCUUAGCUGUUCACAACUCUGCGCAUGCCUCAGAGGCCUCAUCAUCGUCAACAUUAUCAUCGUCAAUUAGCCCUGGAGGUUUCGUAGACUUCACAUUCACUAAGGAGCCUCAAGACACGGUAACGGUGCGAGGCGGUGUGCUACAGCUUGAUUGCCAGGCAUACUCGGAUAUGGCGUUUGGAACCCCUACCAUCACAUGGCGGAAGGACGGUGUGCUGCUCAGUUCCCUGGUGGAUGAACGACGGCAGGAGAUGGCCAAUGGAUCGUUGCUCGUCCAAAAUAUAGUGCACACGCGGCACCACCGCCCUGAUGAGGGGGAAUACCAGUGCCUCUCCACACUCGAAGGACUAGGAAGUAUUGUAAGCCGGACUGCGAGAGUCACUGUGGCAGGUCCGCUAAGAGUGGUUGUCCCCACGGAGUCAGUCUCAUCGUACCUCGGCGACACAGCGCUGCUGCGUUGUGAGGUCUCGGGGGAACCAACGCCCGUCAUCCGCUGGCAGAAAAACCGAGACGAUCUGCCAAUGACAUUUGACCCUUCCUCCCGCCUGGCGGUGCUGCCAUCCGGUUCGUUGCAGGUCAGCCGUGUCCAGCCUCCAGACUCAGCCACCUAUCGCUGUCUGGCAGACAACCCUGGCAGCACAAGGACGGGGACAGAUGCUGAGCUGCGGGUUCUCCCAGAGCCCGGUAUAAACCGAAACCUGCAGUUUCUCCAGCGUCCUUUGAGAGUAACCGCUCUGCUGGGUUCUGACGCCGUUCUGGAAUGUUCUGCCACUGGCUACCCCACUCCGAGCAUUCAGUGGCGGAGAGGUGAAGAAGUGAUCCAAACAUGGAAUAAGAAGUAUUCUCUGUUGGCUGGCAGCAAUCUGAUCAUCAGAAGUGUCACCGAUGACGACUCUGGCAGUUUCACCUGCACUGCUGCCAACAAGAACCACAACAUCACUGCAAGUGCAGAACUGAGUGUGCUGGUUCCACCUCAAUUCCUCAACUAUCCAACCAACACUUACGCCUAUGAAUCCACUGACAUUGAGUUGGAGUGUGCCGUGACAGGAAACCCACCACCGACCAUACGCUGGAUGAAGAAUGGCGAGGAGGUUAUCCCCAGUGACUAUUUCCAACUAGUGGAUGGCAGUAACCUGCAGAUUCUUGGUUUGGUCAAGUCAGAUGAAGGAUUUUAUCAGUGCAUUGCAGAGAAUAUCGCCGGCAGCUCACAGGCCAUGGCUCAACUGUUGCUCCGAGAGCCAGAAGCCACACCCGCUCAGUAUAGACCUGUCCACACACCUCCUCCUCCCCGCCCGCCUCCUGCUCCGCCUGCUCCUUCUGGCACCCCUUUGACUUACACCUCCUCCUCUGAUCCCCCACCAGUGUCCCCCAGCCCAGGCGUUGCCCUUCCCUCUGCCCCCCGCGACCUGGUCCCUGUCCUAGUGUCCAGCCGAUUUGUCCGACUCAGCUGGCGACCCCCAGAGGACACCGGAGGAUCUAUACAGACUUACGGUGUUUAUUACUCCCAAGAUGGCAUUGAGAGGGAGAGGUCAGUAAAUGUGUCGGAGCCUGAGUCUUUGGAGCUGAUGGUUUCCAACCUGAAGCCAGAGGAGACUUAUAGCUUCAGAGUCAUUGCUUACAAUGAUGUGGGACCAGGAGAAAGCUCCAGCGCCUUGAGGAUCACAACCAAACCAGACCUCCAGGUACCCAGUAGGAUACAGUCACUACGUGCUGAAGCUCUGUCGCCAACCUCCAUCCAGAUAAAUUGGGAGACCCCCAGUGCUCCAAAUGGACCUAUCUUUGGCUACAGAGUGCUCUGGACAGAGAGCCUCUCAAGCAAGGAACAGAGUGUCGAUGUCAAUGGACUGAACUAUAAGAUGGAGGGACUCAAUAAAUUCACACAGUACACCGUUUCUGUUUUGGCUAUUAACCGUUUUGGACCCGGCACUGCCUCAGAGAACAUCAUUGUCACCACACAAUCGGAUGUACCCAGUGCACCUCCCCAGAACAUCACCUUAGAGGUUGUGCUUUCCAGGAGCAUAAAAGUAUCAUGGCAGCCACCUCCACGCAACGCACAAAAUGGCAUCAUCAGCGCUUACAAGAUCAAAUACAGGAAGACUGGUCGCCGUGGAGACCAAGAAGCCAUUGAACCAAACAACCUUUGGUACCUUUUCACAGGUCUGGAUAAGGGCAGUCAGUACAGUUUCCAGAUCGCAGCCAUGACGACGAAUGGAACAGGUCCACCCAGUGAGUGGUAUACAGCUGAGACACCCGAGAAUGAUUUAGAUGAGAGUCAGGUUCCAGACCAGCCCAGCUCUCUGCAUGUUAGGCCGCUUCCCAACAGCAUCAUCAUGUCAUGGACUCCUCCCCUCAGUCCCAGCAUUCUGGUCCGUGGUUACAUCAUCGGCUAUGGGGUGGGAAGUCCCUAUGCGGAGACGGUUCGAGUGGACAGCAAGCAGAGAUAUUACUCCAUUGAAAACUUAGAGCCAAGCUCACACUAUGUGAUUUCCCUGAAGGCCUUCAAUAAUGCUGGAGAAGGAGUUCCUCUGUAUGAGAGUGCUGUCACUCGAUCCCUGACAGACCCCAUUGACCCAUCUGAGGAUGACCUUUUCCAUCUCUUUGAUAAAUACCCCACCCCCAUGCCAGACACCAGCACGCCCAUGAUACCCCCUGUUGGGGUCCAAGCUGUGGCUCUUUCCUCGGAUUCAGUCCGUGUUUCAUGGGCCGACAAUUCCAUGACCAAGAAUCAAAAAUCAUCUGAGGUCCGCUACUACUCUGUCAAAUGGAAGACCAGCUACUCCACCAGCGGCAAGUAUAAGUCUGCAGACACCACCGCUCUCAGCCAUACAGUCACGAGCCUCAAACCAAACACUAUGUACGAGUUUGCUGUGAUGGUGACGAAAGGUCGGAAAUCCAGUACUUGGAGUAUGACAGCACAUGCCACCACCUAUGAAGCAGCUCCGAGCUCUGCUCCCAAAGACUUGACAGUGAUCAGUCGGGAGGGGAGGCCCCGAGCCAUUUUAAUCAGCUGGCAACCACCGAUGGAGGCAAAUGGGCGGAUCACAGGUUAUAUCCUGUACUAUACCCUCGACAAAAACAUGCCAAUUGAUGACUGGGUAAUGGAAACAAUCAGUGGCGAUCGACUGACUCAUCAGGUCGUUGAUCUAAACCUUGACACAGUGUACUACUUCCGGAUCCAAGCUAAGAACGCCAAAGGAGUUGGUCCAUUGUCCGAACCGCUCCACUUUAGGACAGCCAAAGUGGAGCAUCCAGACAAGAUGGCAAAUGAUCAAGGUAGAGGAGGAGACCACUCCUACUGGCCAUCUGAUAGCAACCUAAUUGACAGGAGCAGCAUAAAUGAGUCUCCCAUUGGUCAAAUGCAUCCACCAUACGGCAGUGCUACCCCGCAAAAUAACAGUAAUCUUUUGGUCAUCAUUGUGGUUUCUGUGGGAGCCAUCACUGUGGUCGUAGUGGUUAUUGUGGCCCUCAUCUGUACACGACGCUCCUCCGCCCAACAGCGCAAGAAAAGAGCAAGCCAUAGCGCCAAUAAGAGGAAGGGAAGUCAGAAGGAUCUACGACCUCCUGACCUCUGGAUCCAUCAUGAGGAGAUGGAGAUGAAGAACAUUGAGAAAGCUCCCAGUGUGGCCGCGUCUGGGCACGAUUCUCCCAUCCAGUCAUGCCAGGACCUUCCCCAGGUUGCCCACAGCCAAUCAGAGAGCCAGAUGGGCAGCAAGAGUAGCCACUCAGGUGCAGGAGCAGACGGAGAUGAAGCAUCAAGCUGUAUUUCUACUCUGGAAAGAUCCUUGGCUGCCAGGAGAGGAACACGAGGCAAAAUGAUGAUUCCUAUGGAUUCCCAACCAAGCAACACACCGGUGGUCAGUGCCAUUCCAGUGCCAUCUCUUGAUUCCUCUCAGUAUCCCGGCAUACUUCCUUCCCCUUCAUGCAGCUUCACGCACACCAAAUUCAGUUUAAGACCGAUGCCAUUUCCCAGCUUGACUGUGGACAGAGGAUACACACAAGUCAUAUCCACAGAUGCUUCCACCAAUCCCCUUCUGCAGCAGCAGUCUCCACCACAACAGCCUCCUCCCCUUCUCCCUGGCUCCUCUGUGAGCUCUGGAGAGCAUGUACCAGGUAUUGGCCCGGUUCCUGGGGCCCCUGCUGCCGCUACCGCUGUUGCAUCUGAGGAUUCUCAAGCAGGUGCAAGUCGUACUAUACCAACCGCAUGUGUGCGACCAACUCACCCACUUAGAAGCUUCACAAAUCCUCUGCUGCCACCUCCAAUGAGCACCAUUGACCCAAAGGUCUACACCUCCAUGCUGCCACAGUCCACUGGAAGUCUUCCAAAGCCUCAGGUGAAGACAGCUUCUUUGGGUCAGGCGGGUAAAGCUCGAUCACCACUGCUUCCCGUCUCAGUUCCGACAGCGCCCGACAUACCGGAAGAAGGAGGAACAAAACCCACAGAGGAUUCAGCUGCCAAUGUGUACGAGCAGGACGACCUUUCGGAGCAGAUGGCUAGUUUAGAAGGGCUGAUGAAGCAGCUAAAUGCCAUUACCGGCUCGGCCUUCUAAACCCUCCCUUUUAAACCCUCAUCCCCCAGAGCAGGAACACUUCUUCAAGCUUUGAUGUGUGUUCACAAACAGCUGCAGCAUCUGAGUUUGAAGAUGCCACUGGGGACUUACACCUCGGUUUGUACUGGGUUAAACCACAUCAGACAUCAUCAACUCCAGGAACAAGACAGUGGUGGAGGGGCUUCCUCAGUGGGCUGCUUUGGAUCUUCCAAGCUGAAACUACAAAACUAGGAAACCCCGAUGCCUACCACCUUGACUUAAUGAAACAAAGGGAAGGAUUAUACAAUUCUAAGAUCUUUACUUCUUCUCUUCUUUGUGGUAUUUAUUAGCUCCUCACUAUUCUCCUACACUGAGUUCUCUGCAAUUCAGUUACUGUGACUGUACCUCAAUUAUUUUUCAUGAUUGCUAUUGGGAGCAUUUUCCUUUUUUUUUUCUCCUAACAGCAAUGUGAAUAUGGUUUGCCACACAGAACAUUCAGUGUGAAAUAGACAUUGUCUUUCAAGUUUCAUUAAAACUUUCUGCUUUUUUGGGCUUUUACCCUACCUGUUGGAAGUCCUCCGACAUUAUUGGGAUGUUUUCCAUCAGUCUUGCUUUCAUCCGAACAAACUCCUUCCAAAUGCGAAUCACUUUUCCUUUUUUUAAAUAUUGGAACUCUGGCUGGACUCUUAUGCGUCGGGGAGAUAUUGCCAAAUCAUCUGUAGACUUCAUAUCUAUCACUGCUCUUGACCAAGCUUUUAGUCCCGCAAGAUCUGACAAACUCUGUAAACGGGAUUGACAGGAUAGGUGUUGUUGCCAAAAAAAGGGAACCUCCUGGCAGCCUUCCUUUAAAAUUCAAGGCUGGCAUUUUCACUGACAGUUUUAUACUGACCAUUGCUGAAACACAGUAAGACCAUCAAGAUGGAUGAAGUUGUACAAUACUUGGUGUUCAUCUCAAUUUCGACAUACGCAAGUCUGUCAGUUGAAUGUUCUUCUGUGGUGAUUGGGCCUAAAGUUUAUUGCAAACAGUAGCGAUGAGAGUGAAUAUGAUAACUGUUUUUAUUUUUUUACUUUUUUAGUACAUAUUCAGUGGGAGUCUUCUUAAUAAGUUACUCUUUAUUUUGAAUGCCAUUAACAAUGUACCACAUUCAGUCUUGAGUCCCCACAUGGUCACAACUUCACUUUCAGUACACCUCAAAAGGGCCAGGUUUUUAUACAAAAUUAAAAAAAAAGAAAUAUAAAUACCAAUAUGAAAUAAUUGAUAUUUCACUAAGUGUAUUUUUCAUAGUUUCCGUUGCGUUUGACACAUUACAAGCUUCUUCGUCAUGACUCAGAAGGGAAAUGAAUAAGGGAAAUUGUUGAUACCAUUUUGUUAAUGCAAGCAUUUGUGGCUGACACUUGCUCAUCCAAUCGACAGUAUUUUGGUUUUAGUAUGACCUUUAGGAGAGUGGAACACAUCCAGCCUUUAGUACCUUUGAACUGCUUUGUAUUGACAGCAAAAAUGAAAUGUGUCCAAUUAAAUGGGUCAUUAGCAGAGGCUUUGUUUACUGUUGCGACUGAGGAGAUUCAUUUGUGAAGUUCUACAAGAAAACACACAGAAGCGAGAUUUUUGCAACAAUCGUUAAAAUUCGGCCAUUUUUCAAAACAUGAAAUAAUAUUUUCAUUAGCACGCUGGUUUGGAGCUCGAGUGUGUGAUUAAGCAACUUGAGAAGGAAAAUAUUUUUUGUGGGUUUGCAGAAAGAAGCAGGAAAAAAAAGCUCUUUCAACUUAAAAUGACAAGUCAUUCAUUAAUCAGGUGAGGUGAAGACAACAAGCCAUCAAUAUGCUUCAUAUUUGACUGUGUCACCCUAUUCUCCAUAUUGUAAUUUACAGACCUUUAUCUCAGUGUGAUGAAAAAGGAGAAUCCUGCGGGAGGCUGAGCGCGCUCAGGCAGAGGAGCCACAUUGAUAUUCAGGGAUGGCUUGCAUGUGUGAGCAGGGCACAGAGGAACGAGGCAGCGAAUUCAUUAUAAAGACGUUGCAAACAUUAUGAUUCAAGCUCACGCUCACUGGGCCGUUACAGCGGCAGGGAAAAGUCCCAGGGACAGAGGCGAUAGAAAGGUAACAUCUCUGCUGAAUGGAUGCAGGGAUGAAAGGUUACAGAGGGCAGGCAUGCAGGCAGUGUGGGGAUCAAACUCAUCAACCUGCUCUGGGAGAUGAAUCCACCGUGAGCUAAGAGCUUACAUUCUCCUCCGAGUCCUACUCCUCCUCUUCAGUCCGACAACAGUGCAGGAAAAUAAUAAUUAAAAAGAAAAAUGCAGUAUGGAGGUAUUGAGAAAAAGUGGGCAAUUGUCUGGUAGAUUUAUUAACGUUGUUAUUUGGGUCUAUUUUUUUUUUAAGUUCGUAAAUUUCCAGUCAGGGAACUUUUGGUGUAAAGAUCAACGUGUCGAGUGUUCACAUUUCCCGAUAUGAGUGCACAAUAUGUGUUAACAUUAAAGAUAAAUGUCCAUAAAUGUUCAACAUUACAUGCCAGUAAAUAGCAAUUUACAAAAAAUUGCAACACAGUACAUCUGCAAGUUGAUCGCAUAAUCUCGUAAAUGAAAAAGGCUCCUCGAUGCUUGUAAAUCCAGGACAAGUUGAAAGUAUUCACCCAAUAAUUAAAGUUUACCAGAAGCAAACAAAUCCCCGUUACAUGGAAUGUGUCAAUUAGCUCUUUCUGUUGCGUUUUUACAAGAUACUCCGACUCUUAAGUGUUCAGGAUCUGAUAGUGUUGUUGCUUCCUUUCACCUUGGUUGACUGCAAAAACAGUGGGAUUUUUUUUUUUUAAUAAUUAUUGUUAAAGAGCAAUAGCUCAGUGUACCCCAGCGAAAGUUGCCUUUUUACUAAAAUAAUAUCUUUUUAAAUGUCUUUAUUAUUUCAAGCCCAGAAUCUUAACGCAUAUUACAUGAACUAUUGUGUGUCAGCUCUACUAAAAUGAAUUUUGAACCUCGUGCCAAACGUUUUACAUUCAUGUUAUCGAUUGCUGAUUUAGAUCAGAAUAAAGAUAAUAAACAUGAGAUUCCAUAACCCACAACCUGCAGAAUGCAUAGUUUACCUGAUCCUGCAGCAUUUCAACGAGUGUUAUCUUUAAUGAGUAAAAAAAACAAAAAAACAAAAACAUUGCUUUGGUAAGAUAGUUUUUUUGAUUUGGUUGAAAUCUUUUUGCUGGGGAGUUCAUCUCUUACUUUUGAAACGCAGCACAAAAGGAACAUACUGUAGGCUAUAUUUUGACAACAAUAGAACCUGCACACAGAAUGACUGUAAAUUCUCUGUCAGAAGGUUUUCAUUGAAGUGAACGUGAAGAGUCCAAAGGGAAGAGAAGCCGAACUAAAAGCUGACAGGACAGUUAUGAAUUGGGAAAACAAUGCUCUUUUUAAAAUGUUGGGUUAAAAACAACCCAACUUAGGUUAAAAAUUGGACCGACCCAGAAAAUUGGGUCAAUUUGAUCUGCCCUGGGUUCCUUGUCACAAAACAACACAUUUUUUUGUGCUAAACAACCCAGUAAAUUGACCCGACCUCCUUAAUCGGUCUAAUUUUUGCCCAGUGGUUUUAAGAGAGCAGUAAAUUUUUAACCAAUGAGGGGGGGAAAAGCUAGUUGUAGUGAUGGCAGACAUAAAAUGGAACAAAAAUAAUAUUAAUAAAUGGCCCAGAAUAAUUCCUAAUGACAAUGUCAUAAGAUUCUGUAGUUAUUUUGGGAAAAUAUUUUUUUCUGUGUUGCUGACAUUGAACUCCUUGUCUGUUUCAUAAAUAGGAAGGCUUCCCUUUAAAGUCAUAAAUUAAGAUUGACUCUUCUUUUUUUUUGGUCACUUAUUUGUGUAUUUGACUGUAGAGAAAUAUGUUGCUGCAGCAGAAAUACAGUACAGGCCGCUGCUGGUUAUUUUUUUAUUUUUACUGUGUAUAGCGCCACUAGAGUAGCAGUAACUUUUUUAUAAUCAAAUUUAAUAUAUUAUUAUUGUUAUUUGUAUCCUUUACUUUAUUAUGAGCGAUCAUUAAAAUGUUUAUUUAUAACCAUGUGCUAUUUCUGCCGAUGUACAUUUUGUUUAGUAAAAAGAAAAAAAAUAUGCACUUUGGAGUUUUAUUUAUUUCUGUUUGUUUAUUGCUUUAAAAGGUGUCUAAUGUUACAAACAGUAUUAAGUUACAAAAUAGUUUGCUUCCCUUAUGAGGACACACAGUCACCACUAUUUUUUGUUUAUUUCAGUCUAAACUUUGUAGAUUGAGGUUCACAUCUAUGCAGUCAUCCCUUAUAACAAUAAACUAUGAAUUGAUAAUGACAUACCCUGACCAGUGUGACUCCUGAAGUGAUGUUUUGUUACUUAUAUCAAAUACCUCAUCUAAUAUUUUAUACCAGGGGGGAAGAAACAGCUAUUUUAAUAGGCAGCAGUCACCUGUAUUGUUUUGUAUUACUUUAUUGUCUCUAUUUUGUAUGCUUGUACCUUUCCCCCCAAUGUUAUGUCACCUGGUCCUGUAAUCCCAUAAACAUGCAUUAGUUUCAUUGCAUCCAAAAGCCAACUUUUCUUUUUAUUUUAUCUCGGCGCACCCCAGAAAGGCAGUUAAGUAUUGAAUAUGACAGUAAAGAGCUUGAAUUUGUCCUGUGGUGACUGUGUGAAACUCAGAAACGCCACCUAGAGCUGCUUGGGUGAACAUUCAGGAAUGCUCAGCUUACAAAGAAAAACGUUUUUCCCCUUUUGGACACUUUACCCUUAAAUAGAAGAGAUUGGUUAUUCCAAAGGGGUGAAGUUACAAAAAAAAAACAAUUAACAGAGUCAAGUUGGCCAGAGG